GUGUAGCCAGACCAAAGUUUGCUUCCACGAAUGAAUAAAUACACCCAUCUCGGCAGGCAUCGCUCUCUCCGUAGCCGAUAUAAGAAGGUCUAUUGGACAUGAUUAACAAAGUCAUCAACAUACAGUCGGUCCCGAGUCUUAAACCUCACAAGUACAAUACAAAUAUUCAUCUACCAGGAAAACCUCUUCAAUUCAAUCAGUGUCUCUCUCUCUCUAGAUCUCCAUAUAUAUAUAUAUAUAUAUAUAUCAUCACCCAAAGGCUCCUCAAAUGUCACGCUCACAGUUUGAAACUUUACAAUGUGGUAUACACUAUACAGUUUACUGAAGGGAUGGAAGAGACGAGGCUUGUUCUUACCAAGCCAUUGACAAUAGAUGGGGAAUCAAAUACUGAUUACGCAGCUCCUAAUCCUCUCCAACUUGUUUUAAGCCUCUUUAAAAAUGUUAUGCCAGGAUCAGAUCUCACACGCCUUCAGUUGCCACCUCUCUUCAACAUCCCAAAGUCCCACCUUCAGUGCUUCGGUGAAUCAGUGUAUUGCGUUGCUAGUGAUAUAAUGAGCAGGUGCAACAGUGGUGAGAGCCCGCUAGACAGAUUCAUUGCUGUUGUAACAUGGAGCAUUUCUACUGUGCGUCCUGUGAUCUUUGGUGUUACUCCAUACAAUCCUAUUCUUGGAGAAACCCACCAUGUUUCAAGGGGAAAUCUCAAUGUUCUACUUGAACAGGUUUCACAUCACCCACCAGUAUCUGCCCUCCAUGCAACUGAUGAGGGUGAAAAUGUUGAGAUGAUCUGGUGUCAUCAUCUUACUCCAAAAUUCUAUGGUACUUCUGUGGAAGCUGAGUUGCAUGGCAAAAGGCUGCUUAAGCUCCAAAAUCAUGGAGAAACUUAUGUAAUGAACUCUCCAAAGGUCUUGAUUAGAUUUCUUCCAUUUCCUUGGGCUGAUUGGGUUGGCAAUGUCAGAAUUCAAUGUCAAGAAAGUGGCCUUGAAGCUGAAUUAUGUUACAGAAACACUUCGUUUCUAGGGCGUAGGGGAAAUCAACGGUCUAUUAAUGGGAAGGUCUUUGAGUCCUCUUCAUUGAAGACUCUCUAUGAGAUCGAUGGUCAAUGGGAUAGAACUGUCAGGAUGAAGAACAUAAAUAAUGGGAAAGUUACAGUUAUACAUAAUGCAAAAGAAGUAAUUUCAGGGCUGAGAGCUCCUAUUGUCAAGGAUACUAGGGAAAUAUGGGCAAGUGAAUCUGCUCUGGUGUGGAGCGACAUAAGCCGAGGCAUCCUGAGCAAGAACUGGGAGAAAGCAAAAGAAGCGAAGAAAGCUGUUGAGGAAAAACAAAGGGAGCUCCAGAGAGAAAGAGAGUCAAGAGGGGAGAAUUGGGUUCCUAAGCAUUUUACUGUGUCUCAUAGCAAGGAAGGUGGGUGGGAAUGCUCACCAAUUCAAAAGUGGGUCCCAGAAGCACCCAUAAUUGUGCCCCUUUGAUUUGUGAUUUGUGAUAGACAUAUAAUAGCAAUUCAGUUUGUUUUUUUCCACAAAGUGUUCUUAGGAUUAUUAAACUAAAAUAUCACCUAUUUUAGUUAUAGAA